GGGGCUUGUGGGCGGGGCUUGGCGGGGCCUGACUGGGUGAGAAGAAGAACUUCUCUCUAGGCCUCAUUCACUCGCUCAGCCUUGGAAGCCAUGGAAGCAGAGGAACCGGGUCCCAGAUACUACACUCCUCUUCAGCCGGCAUUUUAUCCUUUUUCCUUCCACCAAAUGAUGACUUCAGCCACAGACAUGGAUAUGAUAAACGAUCAGGAAACUCCUCAGGGAAUUUUGGAGCCAAAUGUGGUUCAGGAACCUAUUCAAGCAGCAGUUAAAGGAAGAAAAAGAAGAACUAAAUCUUCUGAACCCAAAAAAACUACUGUUAAAGUCCCUAAAGUUACUAAAGCUGCCAAAUCAAAAGGCAAACAGGAGAAAAUCACAGAUACCUUCAAAGUCAAAAGGAAAGUCAAUCGUUUUAAUGGUGUAUCUGAAGCUGAAUUGUUGACCAAAACUCUUCCCGAUAUACUCACCUUCAACUUAGACAUUGUAAUUAUUGGUAUAAACCCAGGUUUAAUGGCGGCCUAUAAAGGGCAUCAUUAUCCAGGACCUGGAAACCACUUCUGGAAGUGUCUUUUUUUGUCUGGGCUAAGUGAAGAACAGUUGAAUCAUAUGGAUGACCAUACUUUACCACAUAAAUAUGGAAUUGGAUUUACAAAUAUGGUGGAAAGGACAACACCAGGUAGCAAGGAUCUUUCCAGCAAAGAGUUUCGGGAAGGAGGACGAAUUCUGGUGCAGAAAUUGCAGAAGUAUCAACCUAAAAUAGCAGUUUUUAAUGGAAAAUGUAUUUAUGAUAUUUUUAGUAAAGAGGUUUUUGGAGUCAAGGUUAAAAAGUUGGAAUUUGGUCUACAGCCACAUAAAGUCCCAGAUACAGAAACACUUUGCUAUGUUAUGCCAUCGUCUAGCGCAAGAUGUGCUCAGUUUCCUCGUGCACAAGAUAAAGUUCACUAUUACAUAAAGCUCAAAGAAUUGAGGGAUCAACUGAAAGGUGUUACAUCAAACACUGAAAUUCAGGAAGUGCAAUACACAUUUGACUUGCAGCUUGCACAAGAGGAGGCAAAGAAGAUGGCUGUCAAAGAAGAAAAAUACGAUCCAGGAUAUGAAGCAGCCUAUGGAGGUGUUUACGGUGAAAAAACAGUGGCAGAGAGUGAUUCCUGUAACUUCCCAUCAAAUGGAACAGCAGCCACUGCAGAGUAUAGCAGUGGGUCUUACUUUGGAGAAGUCGUCAAUGGACAAUGGAUGACACAGUCUUUCACUGACCAGAUUCCAGAGUUCAGCAACUCUAGACCACAAGAGGAAGCAAGUGAUGCUUAAAGUCUGCCUUUAAAAAUCAAGCCUAAGUGCUGCAGGAUUUUUAACAAAUUUGUGAAGAAUGGUACCUCAGUUUCCCAACUGAAGCAUUUUAAUAGCAUUUUACCUCUUAAUUUUCUUAUGAUAACCAUUUGUGUUGGUAGAUUUAGGCCUAUGAAUUAUGUCACUUUAAAGAAGUGUCCAAUUUUUUUAAAGAUAAAAAAUCCCCCCUUUUCCCCAUGAGACUUUUAUAUUUCAAUUGUUCCAUAGUUGCAGUUUUAGCAAACUGGCUCAUUUGUGACAACCCAUUUCUUGUUUUAAAUCUGUAUUUUGUAAUGAAGUCUGUGAACUUAUAUUUUUAUCAGUCCCUUCAUAUGUAGGGAUAUUUCAUAGGUAGUUUAGUACAUCUGAAAAGGUGAGAAGCUUUUAGAUUUAACAUUGUUACUGGACAUUGACACAACAUGCAAUUGUCCACUACAUCUGUUACACAAUAAUAGACAUUCAGACCUACUUAAUAGAGAGCUGCUUUGUCACAGGAAGAAACACCAGGAGGUUUUUUUUUCUUAACUCUGAUUCUUAACUCAGUCUUGGAUCACACAUGUGUUUGUUUGCAUCAUUUACUUACUAGCAGUUUAAUAUGUCAGCUGUCUCAGUGAAAAUGCAUUAGGACUGAAGCACAUGAUUUCUAGCUUCACAUGUAAAGUAAUUAUUUUGCUAGAGCCAAACACCUUCAUUCCACCUUUGUCUUGCCCCACCUUUGCUUGCUUCAGCUUCAGCUGCCAUUUUCUUCUGUCUCUUUAGCAACACACCAUUUAAAGUAUCUGAAUACUGGCAAAUUGUUUGGAAUUAUAUGGUGCUGUCUGUUGCUGGUACAUGAAGAUCAAGUGGAGCCCACCUAGAAUAAGGGCAGUGCUUCUCAUAUCAGAUAACAUGGUUUGUAGCCAUUAAAACAGAGAUGGGCAACUGUAGACUUCCAAAUUGUCUUGUCUUAGUAAUGAAGGUUUAUAGGAGUUGCUGUUAAACAAUAGCAGGAGGUUCACAAGUGGCCCACUUGUACCUGGAGGGAUUACAAAAUGAAUACUUCACAUCUUUUCACUACAAUACAUGAAAAAUCACUGAAAGUGAGAAGAGGGGGCAUCUUUAAAUUCUGACAGGUUUUUGCAAAACGUCUUAUUUCUCACCCCCCCCCUUUUUUUUUUGGCUCAGCCUUAAGAUGUGUUGCUUGUGGGGGGAAAGAUACUAUCUUUGAUGUAGUAUCUGUGGUGGCUCUUCCUUUUGAUAUUGCAGUUAUCAUGUGAUGAAGAGACUACUUGAACCAGUCUUUAUUGUUCAGAAGGCAAGAGUUCCCAUGCAUAUGUAUGUUUCUGAGCAAGAGUCUGACAUUCCACUUUAUCUCAGGAAGGCAAUAUGGAAUUCUGCAUCAUAUAUAUAGCUGGCAAGCUGCUCAAGUGUUAGGCAUUUACAAGCAUGUUCUAGGGAUUAAACAUAGCUAAUCAUUUAUGCAACAUUUCCAUAGGGUUCAGGGCAUUAUUCACUUCCAUUGCAGGUGCAAUAGCAUACUGAGCAAUUGGGGGAGGGGGGCGUCUGUGUGCUACCUUACACCCUCUUUCCCUGUGCCUUGCAAUUAGGUGAAAAAAUGUUAGAUAUGAAUAAAAGGUGCUGGCUCCUAAUAUACCAACGCACUGCUUGCACGUAUUAGUGAAAUUAACCCUGACUGGAAAACUGCAUGUUGGUGCUGAACCCACAGUCCAAGUGGAUUAUUCCUGCUUUUAUUCAUUUGACUGGGAUUAAGAACAGUUGUCCUUUUAUCUAACAUUUAGUUUUCUUCUAUCCUCCUCAACCCCCUUUUCAUUAAAAGGGGUAGGAUAUACUUAAAGAAAAAGCAAUAAGUGGAUUAAGCAAGUUACUAUCAAUCAGGUGCUUUGGAUACUUGAAUGAUGCACAGGAACUGUGUCUCCAUAGUGUAUACAUAGUUCAGAUCGCUAUAUAACUGCAACACAUACAGUUAGGUUUAUAAAUGCAUUGUCUGUAAUGGCCUUAGGAGCGAGUAGCUGAGUGGAUAAAUUGGAAAGUAAAAUAUGUCCAUAGCCUAUUGGCAACUUUGGAACAUUUUCACAAUAUUUUGACUUGCUGCUUAUUAAGAGGUAAGCAUGUCUGUGGACUCCCUUCAAAAUCAUGUACUUUAAUCCUAAAAUAUGGUAUCUUUUAAAAUUAAGAUUCAGGUGUAUAUUCAACUGAUCAUGUUGGUUAGCCCCUGUAAGCAAUUGGUCAUUAUCUGGUCAAUAGUCUAAAAUGAUUCACUUGCAGCAUAAUCCUCUGCUUAUUUACUCAGAAGCAAGAUCUCCUGUGUUCAGUGGGAUCUAACUUGGCAGUAGGUAUGUCUAGGAUCACAGCCUUAUUUUUAUUUUAUAUGCAUCGCUGUUUACAUGGACACUUUUUAGCAAGUGCUUGAAGUGCCUUGCAUCAGGGAUCUGGAACAAUUUUUAUUUUUUAACAAACCUAUAUUAUUCCAGAUAUCUCAGUAGUAACUAUUGUAAAUGUGAAAAGGGAACAUCUUGGUUUGAAAGAGGCAUCCAUUAAAUUACUGAGAAAUAAUGUGCACAAGAGGUUAAUGAAAUGUGAAUACACUCUUCUCAAACAUGGUGCUUUGAAACUGUAAUAAUUUUGGUCUGCCAGUUUCUUGCAAAAACCCUAACAGGAAUUUGUGGUGCUUAAUUGUGACAUUGUUUAAAAGUCUUGAUGCUGGAUUGCUUUUUGCUGUUCAAAAGAAGCAGUGAUAAAUUAUUUGAAAUGAAUAAAAGAAUUGAUGUUAAUUAUUGUUUCAGU